AUGGCGGAUACACAAAUAGUUGCAGACGGCCACCAGCAUCUAGCUCAUAGCCAUGCGCAUGAAGUUGACGUCCCCGGAACAGUCGAUCUCAACGCCACCGCAGGUGACGACACUGGCUAUGGACAAGCUCUUUAUCCAGUACCCACGGAUGACCCCAAUGACCCGCUUCAGUGGCCGGAGUGGAAGAAAUCCUCGAUACUGAUCAUCUGUGCUCUCUACUCGUUCCUCGGUAAUAGCGCCCUUACUGGACCGGCAGUUUACAUCAAUAUCUACGCCGAAGAAUUUGGUAUCUCGACUACAACUGCUUCUGGAUUGGUGUCUUAUCCAAACCUUGCGUUCGGAUUCGGUUCACUCAUCCUCGUGCCCUUGUAUCUUAAAAUCGGACGUCGACCCGUAACGUUGCUCUCCAUGGCAUUUUUUGUGGGCGGAUUGAUUGGUGCCUCAMAAGCCACAACCUACGAAGGUCUUAUGGUCGCUCGCGUUUUCUGUGGCUUCGGUAGCGGAGUCUGCGAAUCACUCCCCGUUCAACUUGUCAAUGAUAUAUUCUUCUUGCACGAACGAGGAAAGAGAUUAGGUUACUAUACAAUCUGUCUCUGUCUCGGGGCUACUGGACCGCUCUACGCUGGGUACAUGCUCGCCGGUGGUUAUUCUUGGAGAUUGUUCUUCUAUGUUGUUCUAGCUUUUGCAGCCGCUCUUCUUGUUGCAGCAUUUUUCCUUGUGGAAGAAACCAACUUUAAACGGCCGGAACAAAUCACCACUCAAAGGUCCGAUAUUGCCGAUGAAAAGUUACAAACUGCUGCGCAUACCGAGAGUAUCAGUCCAGCAGUCAUUCCAGCCCGCAAGACGUAUCUUUCAACACUGCGUCCCUGGAGCUCGAUCGACCCUGAUGCAAGAUUCUUCGCUACGAUGUUACGUUCAUUUACCUACUUUUGCGUACCGGCAGUUCUCUGGGUUAUUACAACUUUUGGCAUAUAUAUCGGCCUUGGAGCUUUCUCUUUCAAUUACGUCUUCCCGAUAAAAAUCACAGCACCACCAUACAACUGGAGUCAGACAAACUCCGGCCUUCUUGCAAUCGCAACUCUUGUUGGCUACGCCCUCGCUUUACCCUUCACUUCCAGCUCCGACCGUCUAGCAGCCUAUCUCACUAAGAAGAACGGCGGUAUCCGCGAGGCAGAAAUGCGAUUGGGCAUAUUGCUAUUACCAAUGCUCAUCCCACCCGCUGGUCUUAUCCUUUUCGGUUUCACCGCAGAACGCAACCUGCACUGGAUGGGCUACUUUGUCGGUGUGGCUAUGGAUCAAUUCGGCUCGUACUUUUACUUCACAUUCGUACUUGCCUAUGCCGUGGACUCGUACUACGCAAAUACGCCUGAAAUGCUAAUUGCCAUGAACCUCGGCAAACAAGCUAUAUCCUUUGGAAUGAGCUUGUAUCUUCUAGACUGGGUGUUGCAGCGAGGCUAUGUGGUUGUAAUUUCGGGUAUCUUCUGUGCUGUGUUGCUCGCUAAUAAUCUGGUUGUCGUGAUUUUCAUGAUCUUUGGAAAGAGGAUUCGAAGAUAUACAUCCAGGUCCUGGUUGGGAAGAUUACAUGCUCGCACAUAUACGAAAAACAUGACUCAUUAG